AUGCCACAAGAAACUGCUCUUUACGGGGAGUUUACUAUAAACGAAACGCUACAAUAUUACGGUCAACUCUAUGGCAUGACUGACGGCCAGGCAAUACGGCAACGGAUACUUGAGUUGAGGGCACUGUUGGGUAUACCGGACACGGGUGGGCGCCCAGUGUGUCGGCUCAGUGGUGGCCAACAGCGGUUGGUGUCGAUCGCCGUAACGAUGAUUCACACGCCGGCACUGCUUAUGCUGGACGAGCCAACUGUGGGCGUAGACUCACUCAUCCGGUGCCGCAUUUGGCAGUAUCUGUUAUACUUGUGCCAAAAUAAUAAAGAUCAAACCAUAAUAAUCACCACACAUUACAUCGAGGAGGCACAGGGGGCGCAUACGGUGGGCUUUGUCUACGAGGGCAAACUGCUCGCCCACUCUAACCCCACUGAUCUCCAGCGCCGAUACCAAUGCAAUACAUUAGAAGAGGUGUAUUAUAAACUCGCAUAUAAUGAAAGGCAAAUAAAAAACAAUGAUGAUAAAUUCAUCGUAAACGUGAUCACACCGGACAACCAACCCUACAUAGACAUCACACCUACCGGUGCUGUCAAACAAUGUCUAUCGUUAAUGUCUGUGAACUGCGGUCGUGUGCGGGCCCUGCUAUGGAAAACAUGGCUAAGAGCACGUGGUAACCUGCCCUACCUAUUAAUAUACUACUUAAACAUCAUG